AUGAUCAAUAAGAAUUUUAGAAAUUUUAAUACAAAUCAAAAGACCUUGUCGGAAGUUCCAAUUUAUGUUCAAAUUAAAGAGUCUAACAUACCUCCUUCUGUCCAUGCUAAAAUCGGAAGAAAUUUAUAUAGAAAGGAUAAUCAUCCUUUGUGUAUUAUCAAGACAAUUAUUCAAAAUCACUUUAUUGAAAAGGCAGCCAAAGAUAAUGGAAAGGUUCAAAUUUUCGAUGAAUUCCAUCCAAAAGUAACAACUGUUCAAAACUUUGAAAGCCUGUGUUUCCCUUCCGAUCACAUUUCUCGUCAACCAACUGAUACAUACUAUUAUGAUAGCUUACAUUUAUUGAGAACUCACACAACAGCCCACCAAGUUGAAAUUUUACAAAAGGGUCACGAACACUUCCUUGUUGCUGGUGAUGUUUAUAGACGUGAUGAUGUCGAUGCUACUCACUAUCCAGUUUUCCAUCAAAUGGAUGGUGUUAAAAUUUUCCGUAAGAAGGAUUUUAUUGAAUUGGUUAAUACUGCAUUUGAAAAUUAUUGUAUUCAAGAAUUGAAGAAUGAUUUGGAAGGAUUAGCUAGAGCUCUCUUUGGAGAUGUUACUAUGCGUUGGAAUUCUGAUUAUUUCCCAUUUGUGGAUCCAGGUAUUGAAUUGGAAAUUGAUUUCCGUGGAAAAUGGUUGGAAGUUUUGGGUUGUGGAUUAAUUAAGAAGGAUAUUAUGCUUAAUGCCAAGUAUGACCUUAACGAAUAUACUGGUUAUGCUUUCGGUGUUGGUUUGGAAAGAUUGGCAAUGAUUUUGUUCGAUAUUCCUGAUAUUAGACUUUUCUGGAGUGAAGAUGCUAGAUUCCUCUCACAAUUCUCACAAGAAAUUGUGAAUAGUCCUAAAUUAUUAUUGAAUACCAAAUUCAAACCAAUUUCUAAAUUCCCUGGAUGUUAUAAGGAUAUUUCUAUGUGGGUUGACUCCAACUAUAGUGACAAUGAUUUCUAUGAAAUUGUCAGAGAAUUAGCAGGAGAUUUGGCUGAAAAUGUUAGCAUUGUUGAUGAUUUCACUCAUCCAAAGACUGGAAAGAGAAGCAAAUGUUAUCGUAUCAUGUACAGAAGUAUGGAAAGAAGUUUGACCAAUGAAGAAAUUGAUGAAAUCCAAUUCAAGUUGAGAGAAGCAGUUCCACAACAGUUGCCAGUAACAUUAAGAUAA